AUGACAACAGAUGAGACAGUUUAUGGCGUACAAUCUUGGAAGUACUUUUGGUUAUUUGUCGCUUAUUGCAUUGUUGUCUUGAUCGUAGCUGUCUUCUUUUUAUUCUACUCUAAUCGCAUACUUGCUCGAAUAUUAACUUUUAUAAUCAAUCAAUACACAUGGAGACAAUAUAAUGCAUACAUUCAAAUUGAUUCAAUACGUGUUACUUUAUUGGGUGGUCGAAUAUUAUUUAAGAAUCUAAGAUAUACAUCAAAUAAUGCAUCUAUUUCAAUUGUCAAAGGCCACAUUGCUAUAAAAUAUUGGUUAUUUAAUGUUCGUGAUAAUAAUAAUGAUGAAGAGGAUAAAACAGGAAAAGAUUUACCAUGCAGAAUUGUUUGUAAUUUUGAGGGAUUGGAGUACUUUAUCUAUAAUAACAUACCAGCUUAUGAUAAAUUAAAGGACAUCCUUGGUUUAUCAACUACAACAACUGCCACUAGAAACAGUUCAGGAACAAGUUUUGAACAGCUCAAUUAUGAUCAAACAUUCAGUACUGAUCUGUCCAGUUCACAUACUUCAUUAUUUGAAAGGCUAUUGCCUAUUCAAUUUGAAUGCACAAAAGGCGCAGCAUUGAUUGGCAAUAUGGAAUUGAAGACGAUACUAGUAUUUCAGAUGGUGCAAGCCAAUGGGAUAUAUAGUAUAGCCAAAUCUCGCUCAUCAAUGGAUUGCUACAAGACUACUAUAGAUUUUGCAGUAAGAAAACCACAGAUCAGUUUAAAGGACAAUGUAGAUUUUAGUCAAGCCCAUAAUAUGGAAGACGAGAUGAAGGACAAGGAUCAGUCGAGCUUCUUCCGUAGGCUGUUAAAACCAAUCCAGCAAUUGUUUAUAGGUCAUACUUCUCAAUUUUCAGAAAUACGACAUAUGAAAAAUAUGAUGAGUCAUGUAGCACACAAUGACGAAAGUGAUAGUGUAGAUUGUGAAUAUGCUAGAGUCAGUAAUGUGUUUGAAUGUAACGAUAUGGUACUCACUUAUUAUAUGGACUAUGCUGGACCUGUACCAUCCACAUCAUCUGAUUCUGAUAUGAUCGGAAACGGAGGUUUACCUCCAGAAUGGGGUAUACGCAUCUCGCUGUGGGACGCAACCAUUCAUUAUGGCCCUUGGGCAGAUAGACAAAGAAUCGUCAUGCAAAAUUAUUUCUUCCCUAAUGCUCACCGCAACAGUACGCCUACACCUAAAUUAGUACCAGGUCAGCAAAGGAUACCCAUAUGCUUCGAGACGUAUAUUGAAUUUAUGAAUGAUGGUAAAUUAAAGGUACCAACACGUGAAAAGACAAAGGACUGGAGGUACACCUCGGGACAGCCAGACCUCGACAUUAGUUCCGAUGGAAACUACACUAGACCAUAUGGCUGGUUUAACAUUAAGGCCGGGGAAGGAUCAUUCGUGAGAUUGAUUACUCCAAUGGUGAUCGGACCAGAAGGAACCAUGAAUACGGUAGAUGUUGUUUUGAGGGAGACUGAUAUUACGACCAGUGUCAACUAUGCUUCGUUUAUCCUAUCACCAAAAAUUGAAAUUCAGUGCAGAAUGCCUGUACCAUUACAGUGGAAUGGUUAUAGACGAUGGGACUUUAAGAUUUUACCCAAACGUGCUACUAUAUUUUUAUUAAGAGAUCAUAUCUACUUGUUACAAGAUACAGUCAGAGAUUGGGGAUCAACGCCACCACCGGACCUGUUGCAUUUCACGCCUACCGAAUACACUUUACAUUUCAAUCUGGAACAUCCCAGUAUAUACCUCUGCGUAAACGAACAUAAUGUGAUCAAUAACCCCAACUCGAUAGAAGAUAAUGCAUUCUUGAAGUUACAAGCUUACAAGUUAAAAGUGGAUGCUGUACUGCCGUUCACUGACUUCCAGCCGGAGAUCAAUACGAUCAAAUUUAAUGUCGCUAUUGACCACGGAAGCGCUGGAUUAUCCCUUCAAUCAUCACACACACUCAAUGCUUUUCUGAACGAAGCAGACGCACAGACAGCCGCUGUUGUCCAGUUGAAUAUCGAUGGUUCCUAUGAAGCUUAUAGUACUGUCGACGUUGCUCGUCAUAUUGAGUCAUGCAACCUUCAUAUAAAGAUGAAUAGUGCCAAGGUCAAGUUAUUUGGUACAUUAAUUCGAUAUCUUUUGUUGCUCAAGGACAAUUACUUUGGUGCUUGGGAUCAUUUCUCUACCAUUGAUGAGUAUAGGAAACAAAGAAAAAACCAUCAGGAAUGGUUGGCACAGAAAAAGAAACAGGCAGAUGCAAAGCCUACUUCAGAUCCAUUCGAAGUAUAUAUGCUGCUGGAGCUAGAGGAUGGUGUAUUAUUACUUCCUGAAAACCUAUAUGAAUGCUCUCGUUACUCACAGGUGGAGUUUCAAGAGUUACAGGUUGAGUUAAGGAAUCUGGAUGUCUAUAUGGAUUUUUAUGUCAACAUCAGCCCUAUUACACUAAGUCGAAACAUUAAUCCUUAUGCUCAACAAGGCGAAGAGCAUUUUAGAAUUAAGCAUGCCCGUGUUCCGAAGAAUAGUAUAUUCAUUGAUGGCCUAAGUAUUUACUCUCAUCGUCUGUUUGGUCCUCUACCAUUGUCCUCAACCUACCUAUGUCAUUAUGAACUAGAUAUAGGACGAAUUACUGGCGAGAUCAAGCCAUCCUUCUUACUCGGCCUUGCAUGUUUUGGGCAGUCGUUUGCCUAUAACCUAAUUGACGAAGAUAAUGCAGUCCCUCCUGAAUUACGAUCGGCAUCACUCCCUGACGUGACAUUCCUAAAAGUUUAUGUUCAAGAAAUAGACGUUUGUUUGAUGAGCUUAAAUAGUGCUACAAAUAUUCAUCUAAGUGAUGGAAUCUUGCUAGAGUUUGAUAAUCUGAUCAACCAUAAAUACAGCGAAAGGAUCACACUUAAAAUACCUUUUAUUGUAACUCGAUGUCUUGCCAAUGCAGAGCAAACACGAGGUGAUGGUAUCGAAAAUGAUUACCCCUGGGCAGAGGUUGCGAAGGCUGACAUGAGUCUUAACAUAACAGUCUUGAGGCAUACUGCAGAAUGGAAGAGAAAACGUGCUGAGCAACAAAAAUAUGUUCGUUCGCAAGAUUAUCUGACGCGUCGUUGCGUUCGAUUAUAUGAAGAGGAAGAAGACGACUAUAAGUCCCAAUAUUCUAAAUCAUCUAUGCCGUCCACUACUGAUCAUCAUGUUGGUGUACUAUAUGCACCGUCAUAUAGACCAUUUGUAUCUGGGCGAGCGGAUGAUAAGUCUGCACCUAUCGAUAUGACUGCUAGCUCAACUAACCUUUCUACAGAAACGGUUAAAACCCAUCAAGGAAGAUAUAGAGGAUAUAGCAACUCAAGUAGCAUGUCCCAGAGAUCUCUUGUGUUGCUGAAAUCAGAUCACAUGGACGAUGUAUCAGAAUUGGAAUAUGAUAGUGAUAUCGAAUAUGCCCAGAGCGCUCUUUCUCGAGACAAUGAAUCGUUCCAUACCGCAAAGGACUCUGAUGACGAGUAUGGCUUUGGUCAAUCUGAAGUAACAGAUGAUGGCUAUUCUGUGCAAUCAGAUACUACAAGCAUGCUUUCGACAGAAGAUGAGCGUCAUGCUCAAGCCAGCGACGACCCGCAUAUAUCAUAUGCGAAUGAAGGGAAAGCGCCUUCAGUAGUCCCACCUUCGAUUCCUUAUAGUGAUUACCUCAGACGAUACAAAAUUGUCCAUUCUGAGGAUCAUUUUUUACAUCCAUUCAUUUCUCCUCCUAAAGCCCGCUUUGUUGCUCAAAAGGAACAAGAGCAAAGGAGGUGUUUUAGCCAUGAAAGCGCAACCAGAAAUAUGGACGACUAUUUUUCACAGAAAUUUGGUGAUGGUGAUGAAGAUGAGGCAGCGCAUAGUAAAAUAUCCAAUGAUGAGAGAAACGAAGUGAUAGCAACGACAAUUAUUGAAGCCACACGUCCUGUUACUGUACUGGUAACACCUAUACUUGUGAAGAUUGUUCAAGAGCUAGCGGAAGAAAUUAUCAAAGAUGACUGGGAUCUAGAAACGAUGCUUGAUGCUCUUCAAAUGGAGUACGUAGAGCAAUUAACGCGUUACUUGACAAACCAAUACCUUUGUACAAGGUUCGCUGUUGUCCUUCCAGAGACCUACCUGCACUUUAUCCAAAAUGUGACCAUGCCCGACGACUUGCCUUCUUACAAGCAUGGAGGAUCUGUGAUGAAGACGCAAUACAAUUCCAAGGAUACGAUCCUCUGCUCUGCUGAUAUAUUUUUAAAUAGCUUCCACAUGAUUGGGAGUGUAAAGUUUGAAGACUAUGCUUUUGAUGAAAAGAAAAAAAAGAUGGCAGAAUCUAAUAUUGUACUCCAAGAGUCUCGAAUACAUAUCAAUGCAGAUGAAAUGGGAGCCACUGUCCAGUACAUAUCUAAGCAGCGUGAACAGCAAACGAUAGCAUUUGGCAUACCGUAUCAACACUUGCGUAACAAGAGUCUAUAUGACAGGCAUGAUGAUCAUACAUUAGCCAACGAAAUUGUUAUGCUGGAUCUUGUAUUAAAAGGGUUCGAUUUUAAGUGGUUAGGCGCAAGAAAUCCAAACUAUGCAGAUGUAAAGAUAAUCGAUAUUGACACUGUCAUUAUUACCGAAUCGGUAGAGAUACUUGUGGGUGCAGUCUACUCAUGGCUGAUGUUUGUGGAUGACCUCAAGGGAAUUCUCCAAAUGUUCCAAGAACAACGUUCGAGACAAGUACAAGUGUUCAUUAAUGAGCUUGCAGACUUUUCCAUUAGUCCUACUGUAUCUGGUGAUCCGCUCUUUCUGACAACGCCUACAACCAUGUUACGGUUGGGAUCACGUAAUUUUAGAACGGAUGUAGGAUGGAAACUACUCGCUCGCAUGCGGCACUGCCUUCGUUCGAUGCCAGCCAUGACCCGUGAAAAAUUACAGCAUAGACUCACAGCCGGCAAUGAUAUACGUUUAGACUCAGACGCCAUGUUUAACGAUGUUGUGCGCUGUCUAUCUAUCUGGCGUGGUUGGGAGAUUAGCGCAGACGAUAUUAGACAAUGUCGACUCUUUACGCAACCUUUCGAGCAAAAGAUGAAAGUAGUAAACAGUAUAGCAAAGAAAGACAUGACAAAUGAAGCAGUCCAGUUUUUGGUGUCAUCUUCUAAUUUUGCAAACUUUCGGCUUGGAAAGUUUAACUUUGUCAUCUAUGAAGAAGAACUUGAAGAAAAUGGGCAAGAUGACAACAGCUUUUGUGUACAACCUGUUGAAUUUGCACUGGAAUGUCUAUACAAGUCAUCUCCUAUAUCCAGUCUGCCCGAAAUCAAUGAUGGCCACAGUAAAUUGUCUGCAGUAUUGGAAGGCUAUUUGGACAUUGUGGCCAAACUAGAGAUGGGCAAGAUGCAGAUAUCUAUAAAUCCGAUUAUUUUAGCAUUUGCGCGUCAUAUGCUCAUGGUACAGCGUGUCUUUAAGGCAAAGCUACGUAACCUGUCAUCAAAGAACAUGACUGAAGGGAGUCAGAAAUUUUCUUCUGAAACUGCUGGAUCUAUUGACGAGUUUAACUUUGGUUCCCUUUUAAGCAAAGUGGAUAUCGUUGCGCAAACUCUCUGUAGCUUAGAGAGUAUCGAGAUAACAGCACACACGCAAGAACUUAAGAUGGACACCAUCGUGUCCGGCAUUCAAGGUUCCAUAUUGUUUUCCAAUCCCAAGUUAGCGCCUUUGCAAUUAGUGGCACACCUCGAUAAAGACUCGGAUACUGGCUCUGGCAAACGUAGCUCCAAUCGUGCCUCUCGUAGAACAGCAACAGCAGGACCGCGUUUAGUUCUUGAAGCAGCUGGUGGUAUUGAUUCUAUUGGUAUAAAGUUCAAGGAAGAGCAAAAGCGAAGCAGUUUAGAUCCAAGCUACAACACUUUGCUUGAUAUUCACCUGUCAAAGGCUAAUGUCAACGCGAACAUUUCUCAGACGACUAAAUCAUCCAAGAAACAACAGGGAAAAUCAGAAAACGCAAAGGAUGUUCUUAAUGUUUUUUCAAAUAUUCACAAGUUUGACAUCAAGAUUCCUCAAAGCUUAUUACGGCUUUAUGGAUUUUUUGAAUCAUGGCAAACGGAACAAGGUAGACGCUAUCACUUUAUGCUCCAGAACUUGUUGAAAGAGUGGGAAGAACAAAGAAGAGAUAUCCUUGACUAUUCACCUUUGACAAAGAAAGAGCAACCAACUCUUACAUCGCUAAAGAGGCCUGAUAUCAAGCUGCAGUUUUUGUUGAACGAAUUUGUUGUACAGGCUGACCUCUUGCCCUCAUUAAGUAUCGACUAUAACAUUUUGGAUUUCUUCAUCAUGGUGAACGAGACUCAGCAAAAAACCGCACCUGUCCACAUGUACGCCUUCCAGCUGUCAAAACAAGUGAUUCAUUUGAUCACAAAAAAUGCAAAACAGAUACGCCAUGGCAAGCCAGAGAUUAUCAAUGUGAGCACAUUCAGUAUUCCUGGUAUCCGUAGCACAGGCUCUUUGCGUAAUGAAGUAUCCAAUGAAAUAAGCCAUCUCAGACUUAGGUCUAUGAUAUCUGUGGAUUUGAUCUCUAUGACACUUGAUGCAAGCCUCAUUGACUCUUUGCUGACUGCUCAAUCUCUAGUUGGCAAUGAAGUCAGUGAACUUAUCGAAGUUAUCUCUUAUUCAAGCAACAAAAAAGGCGAAGAAACGCCUGUUACUGCAGUCCUGGAAGCAUCCCAGCUGAGCAAGCCUGUAGACCGUGUCUUUAGAUAUACCAUAGACAUUAACCUGGAUGGCUUACGCAUAUCAGCUAGCAGUCCUUCUGCUAUUGGCAUGUUCCACUCAAAUCUUUUAGAAGCAACCAUUUCCAAUGACUGCUUUGAAAACAGCAAUCAGUUAGCUUGGAAGGUUAAAGCAGGUGACUUUUCUUUGUCUGUUGAUCACAAUAUGCAUGAUAUGCCCAAAGAUUCUGAAGAUUGUGAUGUUCAUCGACGUAAUUGCUUGGCCUAUAUCUUGGCUGACUUUAGUGUUCAAAACUCCUUACCGCAAUGCGCUGAUGAGAACUGUGAAAAUAGCAUUCACUACCAUAGUAAUGACAGAGAACUCGAUGCUCUUUUUAUAGAGUUUAUCAAGAUACAAACAGUCAUGCAGCCGAUUGCUUUAGGAAAGCUUGCAGAGAUGUACAUCUAUUACGACUCAGAGCUUAGCAAGAAGAAGAUGAUGAAGAAGGCUGAAAUCGAUCAACUAUCAGUUAACACAAAGCGUAUUGUUCAGACAAUCUCUACCAAAAAUGACUGGUCAAAGACUUUUCCAGAGGAGCCUCAUUCGCUUUUGGAAGGCAGAAUCAUUGGACUUCAAGUGCGCCGUUUGGGUGUUGCUAUUCCUCUUGAUGAGCAGUCAGACCUGCCUUUACCGAAUGUAUCUAAAGAUGUCAGUGCUUUACUGUUCUCUGCAGGGUUUAUAGAAUUCUGUACAAAGAAUAUCGAAAGGAGUACCCUGCAACUGGAAAAUCUGGCGUUGCAGUUUGUCAAGCAAUUUGAUCAGAGCAACCAAGACCACUUCCUUGCAGAAAAUCACGCACGUAUGAAUCAGAUUAGUCUUCCUCGUAUCUCUUGCCACGUGUCCGCUUCAAAUGCAAAGCCUGUACAAGCAAUUUCAGUAAAUGCUCAAAUGGGUGGUUUUGAGAUAGACAUUGAUGGGACCAUAGCAGAGUAUAUCAACACACUGAGCGUUAUCUAUAUGAAAAGCAUGGACCGUGUGGACGUAUUCACUGCAAAGACAAGUCUCAAGUCCAAACCAUCUUCAUUGUCGACUCCUACUGUGGAUACCUCUGGACAGCCGCAUAGCAUUGUUCAUCUGGAUAUCGAAUGUAAGCUUGAAUGUCAGACGGGUACUGUUCGUAUGCAUCCCAAACGCUAUUCUUGGGAUACACAAUUAAACAGUAAACGAAACAAGGGUCUUCGUAUACGUACAGGAUUCGAUGCAAAAACAGGUGAAGGCAAUAUUGUCACGCUCUAUAUCCCAGGGCUCCUUGCGCGCAUUACUUGCCUUACCCCAAUAGGAGCAAGCAAUUUUGCUACUACAAUGCCAAAACGUUUCCAUGCAGAUAUUCUGAUUCGUGAAAGUGUUAACGUACUUCAUCCAGCUCUAGUCCUGUUCCUCUCCGAGGUCUCCACUGGUUUAAAGAUCGGCAUUCAACAAUCGAGCAAGCGCAAGGCAGACAAGAGUGUUCAGGCUGGAAUCGAUACUACCCUCAACGCCUCCAUCUUGAUUCGACUUUCAAAGACUCAACUAGACUUGAGCUGCCAACCAAACUCCAAAGUGGUUUGCUCAUUAGGAUGGCGAGAGAGCGAAUUUUUGAUUAACACAUUCUCAAAAGACGCCACUUCUCAAACCAUGAGCUGCACUGGUUCCCUUAAGGAAAUCACAGCCACCAUAAAACAUCAUUUCUCCCCUGAAGCUUGCUUUCAUUCGAAAAUUGAUCGUAUUAUGCUUAAUGCCGUGCUAACCUCGCAAAGAAAGGAUGGUGAUACAAGCGAUGAUAUAUCAAUUUCAGUUGAACUGCCGAAUAUACUCGGAGAUCUCAAUAUGCGGCACCUUCAAGAUUUGCUAGUAUUAUACAACUGCUGGAUGGUUCAGCCGCUCUUACAAGAAGAGUACGCGGAAGUAGCCAAGGAAGCAACAAACUCGCCUUUAUUGACUUCACCAUUAGACUCCUCUCCAUCGCCAAACGAUAGACGAUCUCCCAACAGUCAUUCCAGCCAAGGAGACGCAGAUGAGCGAUCGUUUGUGCCUUUCUCAAAGCAUAUUGCGAUUUACUUUGACAGGAUGGUGUUGGGCGUAGACCUUGGUCAAGCCAUCGGAAAGAUUACUAUUUGCCCUCAGAACCUGUCUUUCCAGGGACACCAUACACCAUGUGAAUCGAAGGGUGUCAGUUUUACGCUGGAUAGCGUUGACAUUACGGCUGAAGGACGCCUAACGGGGUCUGGAUAUGUCAAACCCAUUACGAUCAAAGGUAGAGUAGAUCAGUCCAAAGAUCAAGAUGAUGUGAAUUCGAAAUCAGUAGCCUAUGUACGGUCUGAAGGACUACAAGCAACAUUUGAGUAUGAAUACCAAAACAUUUUGGAAUGCGUGCAGCAAUCCAUGGAGUUUACAGCAGAGCUUGCGCAUGUAAAUAGUAGGCACGAGCUGCAGGUGGCAAUCCUAUUAGAAGUCCUCGUGGCGCGACUUUCCAUCAAAACUGUGCCUGUGAUUCUUACGAUGGUACAGAGAUUCAAUGAACUCUUGGAAAAGAAAAAAUCAGAAGCUGGUAUGCCUUCUGAUAGCAAGAGUACUUUAUUAGAAGUGCCAAACACGAGUCGAUUGUCAAAGGAAAGACGCCUAAGAAAGAAAAACAAGCAGCCCGUUAUGCAUAGCCAGGUUGCCUUGUUUGUUCAAUUUCUCGAAGUAAUCAUAUAUCCUAGUCAGUUCCAGGAUUCAGACAAUGUGGAUCUGCAGGCAAAACAGCUGACCAUCAAUCUAGAAGAACAUCCACCAGAGGAGGAAGGUAUACGUCGUAACCUGGAAAUUACCCUUGAUAGCGCCGUAUUGGCAAAGAACGUACCUGGGCUUGAACUAAUGGCUCGCUAUAACGAGCCUUUGUCGGCUACUUUAGCGUCAAAAAACCUCAGUGGCACAAAGAUAUUCAAUAUCCCGGGCACAAACAUCAUGAUGAACUCUACACAGCUUGAAUCUAAUAUCGCAUACGAAUUUAGUUCUGACUUUGCAGGUAGAAUAGGCGUGUCACUAAACAUUGGAUUGAUUAAGCAACUCCAAGAAAUGAUCAACAUGUUCAAUAUGCAACUGUCGCGCGUUCUUGAUAAAAAAUCCGAAAAAAUGCACACACUGGGCGACCCUACAACACCUAUCAGUUUGUCAAGUAUCGCAGAUGACUCGGAAGAUGGCGGUAAUACACUAGGCAGUCGAAAGGCAUCCAUGGCGUUAGGUACACCUCGUGUACAACUGAGUGAGGCUAUACCUGAAGAGCAUCAGGCCCAGAUACCUAGUAUGGAAUCAGAAGAAACCAUAGACAGCGAAGCUCCAGAUAUUAAAAUCGCCAAUGAGGAAAAAUACAAUUACGACGCACGAAAGCCGGUAAAUUUCCAACCUCAAUUGCAGAUUAUGGGUGAUGCAACGCCACCAGUCGAAUGGUUAGGAUUAAAAAGAGAAAGGAUACCUGGGCUGGUUCAUGAAAAUAUCGCUUUACACUUGAAUCAGUUGGCCAAGACACUUGGAGAUUUAUUAAAAUCACAAACUCGUUAA